CCGCGGCGAGCCGGGGGCGUCGCCUGCCGCACGCCGGGCUGAGGGGAAGGAAAGCGUGGCGCGGGUCAGUCAGUCGCUCGGCGCAUGGAUGCGAUGCCCUGCCCCAAUGCGAGGGUGAGCUCUGGCGGCGGCGGCGGCGGCGGGGUCGGAGCGGGGCGGCAGCUGCGGUUCUCCGAACGCGACGCAGCCCACAGCCCCAGCCCGGACGGCGGCGGCGGCGGCGGCGGCUGCUUGUGCGCCGGCAGCAAUGGCGGGCCCUUUGUCGAGGCGCCGCCUCCCGCGCCGCUGGGAGCCCAGCUCAAGCUCCUGCCCAUGAACGACCAGAUCCGCGAGCUGCAGACCAUCAUCCGCGACAGGACCGCCAGUAGGGGUGACUUUGUCUUUUCUGCUGAUCGCCUGAUCAGGCUUGUGGUCGAAGAGGGGUUGAAUCAGCUGCCAUACACAGAGUGCACAGUAACCACUCCAACAGGAUACAAGUACGAAGGAGUGAAAUUCGAGAAGGGGAACUGUGGAGUCAGCAUAAUGAGAAGCGGCGAGGCAAUGGAGCAGGGUUUGCGUGACUGCUGCAGAUCCAUCCGAAUAGGAAAGAUCCUCAUCCAGAGCGACGAAGAGACCCAGAGAGCCAAAGUGUACUAUGCAAAGUUCCCGCCUGACAUCUAUAGGAGAAAGGUUCUCCUCAUGUAUCCCAUACUGAGCACGGGCAACACUGUGAUUGAGGCUGUGAAGGUUCUCAUCGAGCACGGAGUGCAGCCGAACGUCAUAAUCCUGCUAAGUCUGUUUUCUACACCCCACGGUACAUUGAAGCAAUAGAGCACAGACCGCUGAUAUCAGGUGCCAAAUCAAUCAUCCAGGAAUUCCCAGAGAUCACCAUUUUAACGACAGAAGUUCAUCCUGUUGCACCAACACACUUUGGACAGAAGUAUUUUGGAACGGACUGAAGUACAUAAUCAUGUUGUCAUUUAUUACCAUGUACCUUUUUUUCUACGUUUUAUAAUUAGAAGUGGAGGUGUCUGACUGUGUUUAACCCCUUUUUUUGCCGAAGGUAAAAAUAGCUGGUUUGUAAACUUUUUUUUAUUUAAAAGGGGAAAUUUUUGAUCUGCUUUUUUUCUAUUUUUCUUGAGUUUGGGGCAACAAUGAAGCACAUUAGAUUGCUACAGAUGUCUAAUAGUGCGUGUAUCUAAAUUGCUGCACUCAAAAGUCUCUUUAUUUAUUCUGGAGCCAUUUUAAUUGGCUGCUUGCUAGUGCAAAAUAAAAUGUGAAGGGCACCGCCUCAGGCCUGUUCUGUCCCAUCUUUCUUGCAUUCUUUUGGAACCUUUCAGAGGAGGUGGGCACUCAGCUCCGACAAGACCAAGUGGCCGGCAAAGCCCAUCAAGCAGUAGCUGGAGGUUGUAGCGUAAAGAUGGUCGGUUCUGUUCUCUAGCAACAUGGUGCUUACGUGCCUGAAACAGACACUGCAUCUCUGCAAGUCCAGAGGAUGGCUCAUCAUUCCCAAGACGAACACUUGACGUCUACCUGUGCAUGAACAUGAACAGAGUAUCAAGUGGCAUGCGUUGCCUUGAGACCAAGACACUGCAUUUGUGGAAUAGCUCUGUAGAUCCAUUUCAGUUCUCGGUAUUUCAGGUUGGGAGUAUUUCAAUUUGACUUAGGUCUAGUGAUAAGUACGAUGAACUUGUUAUCUUGCGGGGAGGCAACUUUCUAGCAUUUCAAAGCCACGUUUUGGCUGUCUUAGCCAAUCGGUUGUGUUCUCUAUGCACCUCCUAUAUUUUCUUCCCAUUGAUCAUGGUAACUGUAUGUAUAUAUGCCUGAGGCACGUGGAUACCCUGUUUCCCCGAAUAUAAGGCAUCCCCUGAGAAUAAGACGUAGUAGAGGUUUUGCUGAAGUGCGAAAUAUAAGACAUCCCCCGAAAGUAAGACGUAGCAUAGUUUUUGUUUGGAAGCAUGCCCGGCGAACAGAACACAGAAAAAUAAGACAUCUCCUGGAAAUAAGACAUAGCGCGUUUUUGGGAGCAAAAAUUAAUAUAAGACACUGUCUUAUUUUCGGGGAAACACGGUAUCACUUAGUAACAGUUCCAGCACUUCUCAUGGAGGGAUGUGCUUGAAAAUGCAGUCGUGCCUGCUGAAUUUUCAGAAGCCGGAGAAGUGGUUUGCUCAGUCUUCCAGUGCACAGUUCUUGCCCUCCCAACGACUGGCUAUAAUAAAAUAAAUAAAUGCAAAAUUCA